UCACUUGGGCACACAAUCUCUCUGACUGCCACCAAGAGCUGUUGUGGCCACUGCCUCUCUCUGCAGGACCAGCUCCUCACAAAGCCUGAACGAUGUGCAACCGAUUUGUGGGAACCUGGAAACUCAUCUCCAGCGAAAAUUUUGAUGACUAUAUGAAAGAAUUGGGAGUGGGCUUAGCUGCGCGAAAACUAGGUGGCCUGGCAAGGCCUGAUGUGAUCAUCAGUAUGAAAGGGGACAUAGUGACCAUCAGAACUGAAAGCACCUUCAAAAAUACAACCAUCUCCUUCAAACUGGGCCAGCAGUUUGACGAAACAACAGCAGAUGACCGGAAAGUCAAGAGUGUUGUAACCUUGGAGAAAGGGUCAUUGGUGCAAGUGCAGAAAUGGAAUGGCAAAGAGACCACGAUAAAAAGAAGACUUGUUGAUGGGAAGAUGGUGGUGGAAUGUGCCAUGAAAGGGGUUGUCUGCACUAGAGUUUAUGAAAGAGUUUGAAGAAGUUCCCUUUCUGCACCGGACCAGAACUGGCUCUGAAACCUCGGCUUAGUUCAGUGACCAAAGCCUCAUACACUGUGCUUCUUUAUUUCAUUUCCUUUUAUUGGGAAAAUGACUACACCAUAAUUUGAUUUUUCAGAGCCAUAGUGUAACUAAUCCAAAAUAUUGUGGUGAUCCAAUAAAAGCUUCUGAACACAGAAAA